AUGCAUUUUAUUACUGAUGAAGACAUUAAUAUAUGGUCCAUGGAGAUUCCAGACAAUGUUUUACCAUUAUGUGGCACCAUGAAAGUCCACCAGGUGUUCACUGAAGAGAAAGGAGUUCUCAAAUACAGAGACUUGAGCUGUUUCUGCAGGCGUGGCUUUUGUUCUUGCAUGGAUCCCAAAGAAUACCGUCCACUAAAACCCGUGGAUGAAAAAUCAAGCUCUGAUGAAUGUGAACCAGAUUUUAUGAAAGAAAUAGGCAACUUAGUCCAUCCACAAAGAAACCCAUUCUAUAACACUGUCUACGGUUCUGACACUGAUGAUAAUAUCCCUUUAUUAACAGUGAAGGACAACUUUUCACUUGGACAACCCAGUACAUCAAAAGGAAUUGAUAAUGAUGCUUUGAUAGAGAAGGAAAAUAUUCAUAUUGUUAAAAUAAAACAUGGUGUGUGCGUGUUAGUCAAAGUUUCAAGCCUGAAGCAAGACUACAUUUAUUUGGGAAAAGUGCUGAGCGAAGUAGAAGAUGAUGGCGAGGUAAAAAUUAUGUUUUUCAGGUCUAUGGACGAUACUGCAAAAAAAUUUAGACUGAUUGAGACUGAUGUGUCUUACGAGCCUUUUGAAAAUUUAAUUGCAAUCGUCCCAGACCCAAAAAAAGUAUACAAAGGCAAAAGAGUAUACUACCUGUUUGACUCUCCAUUAGAAAUAUUUGAGAAGUAG